AUGAUUGCCACCACAACCUCUCCCACCGACUUGCUCCCAGUCCCAGUCCUCGAGGACUACGAUGUCUCGCCCGUCACCGGAUUCGUCCCCCACGACCAACCUUUGUCCCGUCUGCCUCAAGCAUACUUCCAGCCCUGGGAAGAGACCAUGGAUCAAUUGAACCAUCUCAUCGAUUCCCGUCAGCUCCGGGCCAAGGUGGAUCAGUGGCCUGUCUUGGAUGUCGCACAGUUGACAACCCUCCGAGAGCGUCAACGCGCCUAUGUUGUCCUCGGCUUUGUUGCUCACAGUUACAUCUGGGGUUCUGGGCUCGAUGUUUCUCAGCACAUCCCUGAGCCACUGGCUGUGCCCUGGGUAGCCGUCUCCGACAUCCUCGACAUCGCCCCAGUCCUGACCUACGCCAGCAACGAUCUUUGGAACUGGAAACUUAAAGACCCUAAAGGACCCUUCGAACUCGAAAACCUGGAGACAUUGGCAACAAUGACAGGAACAAAGGACGAGGAUUGGUUCGACAUUGUCUCGGUCGCCAUCGAGAUCGCCGCCGGUCCUGCCUUCAAGGCCCUCAUUGAUGCCAUCCACGCCGUUCGAGAGGAUAACAUCCGGACCGUUAUUGAGUGCCUCCACCUUGCCCAUGUCCACCUCGACAAAGUCAGCAAGCUCUUGCCAAGAAUGUUCGAGAACUGCAACCCAGCAGUAUUCUACUGGAAAAUCCGCAAAUACCUCGCCGGCUCCGAAGGAACCGCCAACCUCGGUCUCUUCAACGGCCUCCAAUACAACGGCGUCAACAACAACAACGAACGCCGCCAUUAUAUGGGCGCCACCGCCGGUCAAUCCUCCGUCUUCCCUGCCCUCGAUUAUUUUUUUGGCGUCACGCACCACGACCUUGAUAACCAAUCUGGUCACAAAUCGGCACCGAAUGCCUUAUUGUUGAAAAUGCGUGGGUUUAUGCCCGCUCCUCAUAGGGCCUUCUUGGAUCACCUUGCCCAGACAGCCAACUUGAGACCUUAUGUCCUGUCAAAGACCGCGAACGACGACCCGGAGGGACAGGAUGUCAAGGAGUUGAUCAGUAUCUAUGACGCCUGUGUCCACUGCAUCAAGUUGUUCCGCGAUAAUCAUAUCCAGAUCGUCACCCGUUACAUCUUGACACAGGCCAAGCGUGGUCCCCCCGAGGGCUGGGAGGAUUACCGUGUAAAGGUCGAGGAUCAACCACUUGCUGUUGCCAAGGUCGAGGAAGAAAAGUCCAAGACUGAGGAAAAGGCAAAGGAGGUCGAGGAAGGAGCGGGUAUGAAAGGUACUGGAGGAAGUGACCUGAUGCCCUUCCUCAAGGGUAACCGCGACGAGACCAACGCCGCCAAGAUUGUUACUCCCGUCAAGAAAUAG